AAUUUAGUUUCGUAAUCAUCGAAAAGCAUCAAUAUGCGCAUUUUUUGAAUUCGUGUCAUCGCCGAGUCCUUGGUAUGUAUAUCUAGUUCACGAGAAAGUGGGUCCUCCUCUAGCAAACUAGCAACCUAAUUGGUCGCUGUUAGACUUUCUUUUACAAUUUAUAGGAAUUACAUGAAUUUAUACUAGUCUACUUAAAAUAAUCCUUUAUAACCAGUUGAUCCAAUCGCAUUAAAUAUGAAAUCACGUUCCCUACUUCCGUUUACCUUUAUGAACUCCCCAUAAAUAUGAAAAUCGUCGUUGCGCUGUCGAUAUAUUAAAACGUCUCCGGUUCAAUUGUAAAUAUAUCUUCGAAUAAAUUCGAAACGAUCGAAACUAAUCGAUCAUGGUUGAGUAGCAUAGAAUCCUAAACGAAUAAAUGGACUAUUUUGAGGUUAUCUUAAGCGACAUUACUGUUUUUCAGAAAUCUCGAUUUUGUGUUAGGUUUCUCGGUGAUGUCGCUCUAGUCGGGGCAUCGUUACGAUAGGUCGCAACACUUUCGUUUUACGGUUACUAACAGGGACUAUUCUAAAUACGAGCAGUUUUUUUUCUCCGAUGUCUUCGCUCAUUGUGGCUACGAGAGAAAGUCGUCCGAAUGGUCACGGCCUAUUUAACGAUUGGCUGGUGCAAUUUCAACGCCACCUUUUUGUAUAAUUUAAAUCCGUAGAACUUUCGAAGAAAUUUGUUAAAUUACGAAAAAUCGACAUAACCUUAACGAUGAUAUUUUUACAUGAAUUUGUUAACCACAAAAAUUACGUUUUGCACGAUUUUGUCGCGUAAAAGGUGUUUUUUGCUUAAGAAAAAAAAAGAAAAAAGGAAAGACAGUAACUACAGGAAAAGAGUGGAGAGAAAUGGUUGAAAAAGGUCUAACGGGCUUGAGGAAACGGUACCGCGUCCUUCAUGGAAACGAGCCUUCUACGAGUCGUGGCUCUAUCAGCUUGAAUCUUAAAGAAUCUUUGUUUCUCGAGCAACGUUAUCUCGAGAACAUAUCUUUCUUCACAGAGUAUCGUGACAUCCACUUCCUUGAUGUUCAACUCCUCUCGGAAUCGCUAACUACGUUUACACAAAACUAAAAUAAUCUUUAUUUUCCUGAAACACUGUUUAGAUCCAAUCGGACAAUAUUUCAACCUGUUCGAAUAAUUAUCACAUUGUCUAUCAUGCAAAUUUUAUAUAUUUUUUAAUUUUAUCAAUUUAAUUUUUUCAAAGAUAUUAUACAAUAUAAAAUAUUCUGUUGCAAUUGUGCAUUUUUUUCUGACAAUGUUACUUAACUCGUUUUGUAGCCCAUAUAAUUUAUUUUAUUUUGCUCAUUCUAAGAAAAUUUAGUAAAACGUAGACCACCGAUGACCACUGUCACAGUCAUAUUAAAUUUCAUCAUUCAAUAUUUUUAUGAUGCAUUAUUUGAGAGUCAUGAGAAUGUCGAAUGUAAAAUCUAUGGCUGCCGAGUGGUGGUUAUCUUUCUUUUUUCGUGGUAUUAUCAAAGAUACGCGCACGCGGUGAGAUAAAGCACAAGGUCCGAUUUAAAAGAAACGCAUUAAUUCGAAUGAAAUUCAAAGGGGCGCUGACGGGUGACGUGCACGACGGUGUGGAUGCCUCGAAAAAAGAAACUCGCUUGUUUCAUUAUUCGAGCCGAGUAAAAGUACUUGCGUUGGCGCAAUUAACGAGCUCCGCCAGGAAUCUUUUACUCGUGAUUCGCGCGCAUACGUGUUUAUGUAUGCACUCGCACCGCUACCUGUUCACUAUCGUACAGGGUAUCUUCAGUUAAGUGCUUGCCGAUGUGUUCGAACAAAAACAAAACGUCUAGUAUUCCGGAACAACGUUGCUAAUAACCCUCUGUCGGUAAAUAUGUAAAAUUACAUCGAACGAAUGACCGUUUAAACGCCUGAAAUUCAACGUCCGUAAUUUCAUAACCUUAAGUCCUGUCUCCACUGAUACAACAACGAUAAAACUUUUUUGUUACUGUUUUAUGUUUCUCAAAAAAGUCGCAACUUGUUAUCGAAUGUUUUUCAAGUUUCUGGGUAUUUCUGUCGUCAGUAACAAAUAUGGCCGGUUGCUGUCGGUUUCCGUCUGGGGCGGUAGAGAUCAACGGAAAAUAGAAAACGCGUAACAAUAGCAGCAAAUGUUCCUUCAAUGCAUUCUUGCUGCUGGCAACAAAUAGCCUUGAGGCGGAAACAAAACCUAACUGUUCCUCAGAUUAUGUUGCUGCAAUGUGGACGAAGUAUUUUUAUAACCUGCUGUUUGUUGGAUAUGCAGCAACAAGAGGCGUCAAAAUGGUCCUCGUUGUUGCUUCAGUGAGGACAGAGUUUUAAAUACACGGAUAUUAGAGCAUAAGAAAAAGUAAAUGUUAAACGAAUUUGUUCGUGGAAUCAUCGAUUUGUUUGUCUUUUGUAAAUAUGUAUUCCAUACGAUUCCUUUGCGCAAAAAGAGAAAGUGAUAGCAUCUUUCUCGUCGCUAAAUGUGCACGCUUCGACUGCAAGAACAAACGACGCGUUGUAUGUAGAUGUGUGUAAGCUGUGUUCGUUGGUGCGCGCAUGCGCGAGCCGCGCGUAGUACACACGGCCAAUCGUGACGUCACGCGACGCCCGAUAAACACUUUUGUUGUCGUCGGUCUGUCGUCGUACGUAUGCCGCGAUUACGCGUGACGCACAGUUCAGUCCCAGACACCGACCAAGUCUGAUGUGAACUGCGGAUUUUGUUCGAUUGAUUUCGCAAUUUUACAUCACGUAGAUUUUUACAUAAAACAAAUUUUCUUAGUGAUAAUCGUAACUUGUCGUGUAAACUUACCAAAUGUUUUAAAAACAUAUUGUUACCAAUCACGUCGUUAAUCUAUUGGAUUUCUUUCCAUUUUCUUUGGCCGUGUCAUUCGAAGGAAUGUGGAAAGUGUAGUGAGUGCAUGGCCGACGUUACAGUUUUGCAUAGCUCGAAAAAGUGCAUACUCAGUAGAUGCAGGUCGUUGUAUAGCGGAAAAAAUGAGAAAAUUUGGUCAAUUAUUGGUAUAGAGCGCGCACUACGUAAACACGUAAAUACUUACGUACCGCUAGACUGCCCUCUAUGGUCGCCGUUUUUACCGCCUCUCGACGCUAAGAUGAGAUUGGAGGAAGACCUUGUGAUUCGUAGGAGCAGACCAACGAUGAUUUCGGCCAAGUACCGUGCGAGGGAGGAACGUCGUCGCUUGCUUAAAAUUUCAGCCGGUAAGCUAAGGAGGAUCGAGGAUCCAGAGGCUAGCCUGUGCAGAUCGGUUCUCAUAAACAACGCCGUCAGGCGACUGCAACGUGAAAACCGAGACGAAAAGACAAGGAAUUACGGCCUUCCGGUGGUCACGUAUCUAAAUGAUUCCACGAAAGAGAAUAACGUCUCCAGCAACCUUAUCGUCGGAGUAACAGACGACGAAACGUCCUCCAGGAAGAGAUUAAGCGAUGACACGCGGAACGAUGGAAUCAGCCCCAAGCGACAGAGGCACGAUGAUCUUGACCUUCAGGACGAUGUGUUCAGCGACUUUUACAUUCUGCCACCUACUCCGCGAUUACUAUCUCAUAUAGACGAAGUCCAGGAACCCGAAUCUCCGCAUCAUCACCAUCUGGUGUACUCUGAGGACCGUCUAGGCUCCGUAGAUGUUCGGUCGACAACAACGAUCAGCAGUAGCACCGCAAACACAACCACCACCACUAGCACCAGCACGUCCGCGAGUAGUUGCUGUAACUCCGUCAUGUUCCCUACCGAACUAGAUGACACUAGCAGUCAACUAACCAGUGUUGCUAGAUCUACCGAUGUAGGCAGCAUAAUGGAGGCUUCGGACGUGGUCGACCCUGACAGGAUCUGCGAUUUUGCAAGGUUCGCAGACUCCGCCAAGAGUCUAGAAGAACGUUUAGUCGAGUUACAGUCGCUGGACGAACAUUUUGACUUGGCGAAAUUCGAGAGGAACAACAAUCAGAGUUGUGGCAGAGCGUUCCACGAUAUCCAGACCUUCCACAGUUUAGUACCUGGACUGGAAACCUAGAAGGGAGCCUCGUGCCUCGAGCACCCUCCUCUCGUCGUGUCUGGCUCGACAGAAAAAGAUGACCACGAACACGAUAACGACGAUGAUGCGGGUAGACGGCUUCGCGGCACAUACGAGGAACCACGGCGAGGAUGAACCUGAGAUCUGGGGAGGGGGUGAACAUUUUGUCUAGAAUAUGGCGCCAUCUAUGGAGCUUUGACUUGAUGGCACGAGCAUCGUCGACACGGCUGGACGACCUAUCAGAGGGUGGUCUCUCUUUAAUAUUUGGGAAAGCACAAAGGACGAACUUUUGAUACCGAGCAGUACCAGUAAGAGAAAGAUAUAUGUAGGCUUGCGUAAGGCUUGUUUUCAUCGUCCUUGGGUUUUUUUUAUUUGGUCGUUCAGCAGCCGUCAACGAUUUAAGACUGCGUGGAGGAUAAGUAAAGUACUUUUAGUGGAUGAAAUGCGUUUUCAGCAGUUCUCGGUUCGAUGAAAGUCUGGCUUCAAUUGAGUGUUGUCGAUGUGUACGUCACCAAUAGUUGAUAUAAACGUUGUUGGUUGUACGUGCAUCGGUACCAAAAUAUUCUGAAACACGCAUUACAUAUAUAAUUUGUAUAUAUUCGAGUACGUUUCUAAGAGCACGUUAACGAUUAUAUUAUAGGUGAAUUUAUAGUGGAGAUAUUUCCGGAGAAAGUGAAUAAGCGCCGACACACAAAAGAAAAAUGAGACGCGUGCGUCUGUUGUGUAUAAAUGCCUUUAAGGUAGUUGUAAAUCGAUGUAAACGCGAAGUGCGCCCGAUAUCGAAUGAAUUUCACUAUCGCGCGAUUAUGCCACAAUGGGCCUUCAAUUUUUGUUAACGAUAUUUUAUCGUUCCUUUCUCUUUCCUUAAUUUUUUUUCGUGGUUUCCCUUGUGAUUCUACAGAUAAUGAAAAGUGAAUUUUAGAACAUCGACAGAUUACCAUUAUCCAAUGUGUGAUUUUCUUUCGUAAAUCACAAACAGAUAAUGUGUCGUCGGAUGGCGAAAAAUCGUUGGUUGUAAAAAAAUAUAUUUCUUUGUUAAACUAUUUUAUUCUUUUUUUGCGUUUUUUUUCUUUUUUGCGAUAUUCUUGUUCGGAGUGAUAAUCGUUGAACGUUUGUGUUUCUCGCGUGGCAUUUUCUUUAGUUAACACUUUUUUUCCUUCUUAUUCCUAAUGAUGAAACUCAUUAGUUAGUAUCAAUUUGUAUAACGACGAAUUUUGUUACGUCGAAUUACGCAACUGUAUGAUUUAUAUACACGCUGUAUGCAUACUGUUUAUAAUCAUUGUUUUUAAAAAAGGUAUGUAAUAAGUUCGGAUUUGUAAGAUGUACGUUAGCAUGGAUUUUGCGGACACUGUGCAGUGCAAUAGUUUGUCCCUUCUUUCUUCUCACAGAAGAAUACCGGAACAUGUCGCAAAUCGUUUUUGAACAUCGAAUAUAUUAUUACUACACAGAUACGUGAAUACUCGAAAUCGAUCUGCGACACUUGACCAUCUCUGCGUUGAUUAAUUCGUAACAGUGUCGCCAUGAUUCUUCUAUAAACUCAUAAUCAGUGCAGUCUAGGUGAAUUCCUUGACUAUGCCAUUUUUAAGCUGAUUUGGAAAUAUACCGUCUUAAUCUAUUUCUGUCCCCAUUCACAAAAGUGCUAAAAAGGAAUUGGACGAUCAAUGUCACGCGUGCAAUCAUUUUUUCUACAUUUUGUUUAAACUGACCACUUUUAUACGUUUUGCACAUAUUAUAAAUUUAACGAAUCAUUCACAGGAAUACCCCUGAUCUUUUUGUACAGGAUAAUAACAGAUGCAUUUGAAUCCUCUGAGCGUCGCGGUGUUGCUUUACCAUUCGUGCCGUAACCUGUGAGGGUAGCCGCGAAACUACAUAUUACGUAAUCGAUGAUUGAAUCAUUGUACAUAUAAACAUUUGUACCGUUCUGUAAACCCGGUAAGAGGAAAUAGAAACAAUGACGAAAGCGUGAAAAGCGAUGCAAAGAGAAAUCCAAUCUUCCUUUCGAACGUCUAAACCGCCUUUCGAGGGAAAUUUCUCGACGUGAGUCGUAUUAUCGCGACGAAGAAGGACCAUCUCGAUUCGUGGUUUGACGCGUUCACACUGUAAAUAGUCACAUUAGCACCCUUAAAAUAACUAUGUAUAAAAUUUCAUACGUUGUUUAGGUUUUUAGUACUAGUUAUUCAAGAUCAGUUACCAAUUAUAUGAACAAAUUGCAAAUAAACUGCAGAAAUAUAAUAUCUUGUCAGCUCUCCUUUACUCCACUCCCUUAAAUUUCAAAAUCAAAGACUUUACACACCACGUUUUGCCGCUCGUUUUUAAAUUGUCAUUAAGCACCGGCUUUCGACAAACUUCGUACGACGUCGUUAAUAUUCGGUAGCGAUUGGAUGAUUCUGAUUGCUCCAUUAUCUGCCUAUGUAAGUCAACAUGAAGGGCUCGCGAUUUUGAAAAAAUUCAUUCAAAUGGUUCCUUUUUCUACACAUAUCAAUCUUUAUUUAUUAAUAUUUAUUUACUAAUAUUAAUAGACUUUAAAAAGGCUAAAUUCAAUUUCAGAUUUUAGUCUAAUCCUAUAUUCUACAUAGCGUUUAGUUCUAAAUCAUAGUUAAAGACAUUAAAUUACUUCUGUAAAGGGUUCUUUAAAAAAGACUUUAUUAAAAUAAAUGCAUGAUUUGUAUAGGAUACGAAAGGUUUAACGAUAAAAAAGAUUGUAGUAAGUAAUAAGAAAAUAAGAUUAUAAAUAUUUUAAGAAGUUUGAUGGCAUAAAUUAGAAAGACACGAAGAAUUUUGGUUAUAUCAGUUAUAAUCCCUAGUAUAUUAAUAUAUCUUGAUAUCUGAAAUUUGGUAUAAGGAAAUGGAUUAUGGCGAAAGGAAUAAUUCUAUAUAUUUCAUUUUAUUGUUUUUUUUUGGUACUUUUUUUUAUUGAGAGUUGCGAAUAUAUACAAAGGAUGGCGAACUAAUAAUAACUAUUACAUUAGAAUCAAAUAAACAAAGGUUAUCAUGAUAGUAUUAACGUGUGUUAAUAUUCGUUUAAAUAACAUAAUGUUCGUAAUGAUGUGUGUAUCGAAUUUUCAAAAGAUGUCAUUGCAUACGCCACAAAGUGUCACAUCGUCGUUUAUUUAUUCGUAUUUUGUUCUUUAUAUAUAUAUAAUAUAUAUAAUAUAUAUAUAAUAUAUAAUAUAUAUAUACAUGUAUGUGUAUAUAUAUAUUAUAUGUAUACGUGUAGGAUUGCUUUCGCGUCACAUCGACAUCGGUUUCGAUACAUUCGAUCCUCGAUAAAAAGGAAAGUUCGAAAUCGAAGAUCGAAUAUAGUGUCGAAAAUUGCUGCGAAAAAAAGAAAGAAAAGAAAAACAAAAAGAAAUCGGAUCGGAAAUACAUGUAAAAAUCGACUGGAAAUUCGAUCGGCUUAUCCUGAUUAUUCUUUCUAAGAUAAGUCUAAGAAGGACAAAAGUUCUUCUUUUUACGUUUAAAACGAUAAAUUAGAAUUUAGAAAAUAAGUAACUACUAUAUAAUUAGUAUUUUUUUAUCUUUUUUUCUCAUUUUUCUUCCAAAUAAAUAGUAACGCAUUUUCAAGAAAUAAACGAAUUGUGAUUGUGUGGUUUCACGGUUUGCGAAUCGGUACAUAUAUUUACCGCUCUUUUACGAUUGGCGGUAAGUUUAAGUAUGAAAAGUGGAAAAAUUUCUACAUCGUUUAAGACUCGCAUCCGUGUUCGGCAUUUUCGGCCGAGUUAUGAUUUGUGCGUUUCAAUCGCGACAACACGAAUUCACUCGAUUUGAGAAAGGCGCGAUUAUUUGACGCAGAUAUAAAAUCGUGUAAAAAAAAUGUGAACACGUUUUCGUAGUUAACCGUAGUCGUCGAUUGUAUCAUCAACGAGGAUUUAUUUCGAUUCGCAAUCGUGAAAACGUUCGAAACGAUUUGAAGCGAGCAAAUAAUAUACUUUCGCCUAUCUUUCGUUCUAUUUUCUUAAUUUCAGUAUUUCCAUUUAAUCGUGUUGCAAUGUCGAUGGAGUCCUCGAAUAUAUCAUAAAAAAAAGACAAGAAAAGAGAAUAAGAAGAAUAAAAUUCAAUAGAACAAAUCGUUUCGUACAAAUAUCGACUUCGCGAGUACGAAAUAUCGUGAAGUUAGCGAAGAAACAGCAGAACGAUGUGUGCAUCGUGUCUAGUUGACGCCAAAUAUCACUCAAAUUCGAUUUGUUCUUUUUUUUUUGUAAAUUCACAACACCGAGAAAUGUUAUCAAUGUACUUAACGCGUACUUAAUUUCUUGCUUCUUUUUCUUAUUGCUUUCUUCCCGUUUGCAUUGCCAACAUCGUUCACGAUUUUUCAUUUCAUAUAAUAAAAUAUCUUUUCCUAAGUAUAAAUCGAUCGAUCGUUUCAGCACUUAUCGAUUUUCGAUUUAUACGCACCUGUCGUUCAUCUCAAAAAAUAUUUCUUCACUGCAGAAACGCGUCGAAUGAUUUCUUUUAAAAAUUUGUCAAUAAUUUGUCAAGAGAACAUCGACAGUAAUAUGUAGAUAGGAAAUUUUUAUGGAUUCAUGCGAAAUUAAAAAAUGUACAUAGUGUAAUCUGCAAAAAUAUGCAAAAUAUCUAAAUUAAAGUGCUAUGUAUAAUUAGAACGCGGAUUUUUAUUAUCAAUUUUAUCAAUUAAAGUAACGGAACAUACGUAAAUGUGUAUUUUCCCCAUGAAAUGCUACGACAAAUAGUUCAUUUUUAAUAUUUUUUUAUUGUUACAUGUUAUAUGCAUUUUCUAUAUUAGCUUCGAAUUUCCCAUAAAUUGUAUAAAAAUCCGCAACUUAAUUAUAAUAUUUAGUGUGUAAAGGAAAUCUCUAGUUAGAUUCCAAUUCCAUAAUUGUGUUAGUAAAAAUUUUCAUAAAAAUCCACAGCCUAGUAAUAAACUAAAAAUAGAACCGAAUAACAGGGAAUCUAAGUUUCUUUGUACGUAAGUACUACUGGAGAUUUUGUGUUUUCGAUGUGUUUCGCCUUUGUGCAUGCCAGAGGCAUGCGCUGUCGCAUCUACUGCCAGUAGAAACACCAUUACAUUUUGUCAGACGCUAAUCAUUGGAUACCAAUGCUUCUUGGCUCUUUAACACUUUUUGUGUGAACCUGCUACUAAUCAUGUUGCGUGAUUAUCUUUACGUUAAAACCAUACAGGGCAUCCUAGAGUUAAACAGCCAAACUUGGUCAGUAUAUUUUAUAAAUAUAACCAAACAAAAAGUGUUAUAUGAACAUGGAUGAUUUAAAGCUUUGUUAAAAAGCUAUAAUAAAUAUAUGAAAUACAAGGAAAGGAUAAUAUUUUGGCCUCCAAUAGUUUUCAAUUGCACGCAAUUCGAUUUUCACGCGUGCAUAACUAAAUAAGAAAAAUAUAUCGGACAAAGCAUUACAUUGGUUCGUUAGAAUGAAAUGAACAUCAACGUGAUCUUCAUAGGUUAAUAAAUCGAAAUACUAUCGUUGUCUUAUAGCAUAGUAAUUGUAAACCCAUUAUUGUUCCCAUUGUAUUAUAUAUUUGUAUUAUAACGUUUUAAUAAUGUUCGAAAUGUUUAUAUAGUACUUUUUACUUGACUAUACACUAUACACAUAUUCGACUAUGCUCAUAGAAUACAGCCACAAGAUUGGCCUAUUAAACGUAAAAGAAUGUCUGGGACCACCCUGUAUAAUCGAAAUCAUGAUUAUUCUUUUGCUUUCUUUUCAGAAUAAAGAAGAAAUGUCUAUUCGAUUACAUUUCUUUGAGGUGAAAAUCAUUCGACGAUUCCUGCCGUCCCUCUCGACUACGAUAAUUACACUUUUCUUUUCAUCACAAAAAUAGAAUUCUUAAAACUUAAACUCAGUUCACUCUCUCGUACACUGUUUGCCUUUCUCACUUUUCCUCUCUCACUUCCCCUUUCUUUCUUUCCCGAUACGUCUCCCUUACUUUCAAUUUUCCUUUACGUAUAAUCGUACUACAUACACUUAUCGAGCGUUCAUUUGCUGAGAAGUAUGCAGUUGCUGUUGACAAAAAUUAAUUUCGUUAUCGGUUCAUCGAUAUAAUACACAUUCGUCUUUCUUUUUUACGGUUCGAUCGAAUAAUUCGAAAAAGAGUACUACUUAAAUAAUUCGCCAUUGUCGUUAAAAACGUUGCAUGUACCAAGGUCGAUUCUCAUUGUCGCGAUAAAUAUUUGUACAAUGUAACAAUUCAUUGACGCAAUUUGGGCAUACAAACGUAAACGAGCGUGGACGAUUAACAAUUAAAAAGUCUUGAGCAAUCGAUUUAAAAACGGUCGUACAAUCCUCUCGUUUUCUUGUAUCAUACGUUCAUUCGAUACGUUCUUCUAACGUGCAUUAUUGUAACUUAUGAUGGCGCAGCUGCGAUAAUCAACACUCACGAAAACUCAAUUUCAGGAAAAAAAGAAAAGGUAUAUUUUAAACGUGAAACUGCCAUAGAUACAUUGACACUUACAAUAAUUGAAAUACGCAUCAAUUAAAUAUAGUUGUUGCUUUAAAGAAGGAAAGAAAUGGAAAAAUUAGAUAAAGACAAAUGAAGAAAAAAUAAAAAGAAAAGAAUCGAUGCAGUCAAACAAAGGAACGACCUCGCAAUUCCUCCAAUCACCACCACGUCCACGAAGACACGUAACAAAGAAGGGCUGUAACAAUUAUUCUACAACAAUAAUCGUACUCCUUUGUGUUGAUUGCAUCAGCGAAGAAAGUGGGAACGAAACGGAAGGAUUUGAGACUUCACUAAUAGCAGGCAACGGUUCUGUAUAAAACAAUAAAUAAGGGUUAGAUAUGCUCGAUUACAUGGUAUAUCGAUUCGAACAAGAUCACUGCUCUAUACACACAAGCUACUACCAUUAUCAACGUAUCUGCGUAUUUUAUUCCAUUUUUUUUUAUUUUUGGUCAACCGUCUCUUUUUCUCUCAUUUUUUAUCUUUCUCGAUUCUGGAAAAAAGAUCAAAGACUUAAGGAAAAAGAAAAGAAGAAAAAAAAGA